AUGCUUACCACCAAAGAAACCUGGGUCGAGGUCAUUGGGAACAAACACAAUCGUAGACACAACUUCCAAUACAGUUCACCCCUCGGCCAGCAACAGCACUUUGAACUCUUCAAGACGCAGCCAACCAUCUCUGUCGGUCAGGAUGCUAAGGAGAGCAUCUUCCUUUUGGAUUCCUUGGCGAGCAUCAUUGCACAAUUACCUGGGAUAGAAGGGAAGAAAUGGAACCUGGUCGGACAUGGCACAUCUGGUACUGUCUAUAAGGGCCUCGCACACGCAAAUGUGUGUUGGUACACCAUCAAGGUCAUCCUCAGUGAUAACCUCAAACACAUCCCUACCGGAAAUUGUCAGCUUAUGGAGGAUAUCAGCAUUCUCGAAGAUUCAGCACAACAAUAUCUGUCAACUGAAGCAGGUGUUCUACCAUCCGUCCGAUAUCAUCCGCCAGUAGUCAAAGUGGCCGACUUCAGGCUGGCCAGGAUUAUUUGUGACAAGGAAGUUUUGAAGACUUUUUGCAGUACACCAUUAUACCUCACUCCCAAGAUUUUGGCCUGGAAAAGGCAAAAGGGAUACAGCCAUCUUGUGGACUCCUUUGACUGGGAUGCCCUUGAUGCUUUGGGCCCCAGCAAGCUAGAACCCUACUUCUCCUUCCGUGGCUUCUGGCACUUCCUGCCUACGGGCCCAAUUGUAUCAUCUCCUAUUCAACAGUCUGAACGUAUCAUGAAACAAAUGCAGCAGCUCAAGCAGCAUCCAGUGUCAAAGCCAUGGCACAAGCAUACUCCCAUCUCAUUGCUCACACCUGCGCCCUCGUUUUGGCCACUGCCAAAACAUAUUCUUCAGCUUGAGGUCCCUGAGUGGGUUGACGAGGUGAUCAUGUAUAUUGAGGCAGUUAAUGGUGGCCAAACCUUACCAACCUGUGACUCCUGA